AAUGUUGCAGUAGUGGUUAGCAGAGAAGAACGGACGAAGAAAGCCUCUCAAGUAACAGGUCUAGACAUGAUUACAAAGGCAUCGGGAAGACUGCUUUCUUGUUAUCGGCAAUUUCUGUAUCAAUUAAUAAAUUUCGAGGUAGGCAGGCAGAAUAUUCUAGUUGGUCCUAGUUGUCAUGUUUCGGAUGUUUUUUUCUAUUCUGGCAGAUGUUAGUAGCAAUUGAAGAAAUGGUUCGUUUUGACACGAUCUGCCAAACAGCAGGUUCGAGGCGCUUUUUGCCAAGGAUUGUGGCUUUAUCUUAAGUCUUGCGCAAAUAUUAAUGUUGCAGACUUUGAUGAAAUAUUCAUACUAAUAAUUCAUGGUAGCUUUGUAUAAUGGAACGUGCACUUUUUUUAAAAAGGUAUAUUAUCCGUGAAAUACCUCACUAUUUUAAAGGCACAAUUUGAAGCUCCAAACAGCCUAACAAUUUCACCUGUACUCUUUUUAGAGGUCGAAAAGAGAAUGCAGUAAUAGCACAUCCAGUUUUUCUGUGGGAUGUCGCAAGUUAAGUGAGGUUCUAAAUAAUUCAUCGGACGACAGUUUGCUUUAGUUUUCAUUGAUGUUUACCGCCAAACGAUAAUAUUAGUUUUAUAUAAUUUUUGGGAGUAGAAAUAUAAUGAUAUAUUGCUUGCUUGACUUAUAAACAGUUCUGUGGACAUACAACGGUUAUACACCAAGCUUGUUGGCAUUUUGCCCGGGAACGAAGUCUAUUUUAGGUUCACAACGUGCGGACCGAACAAAAGUGUGAAAGAAUUCUUUUAUUACUGAUUUUUUUGACAUAAAAACGUUACUUAUUAAACCGGAGUUAACUUGCGUGAGCGAUCUGAAUGAAAAAACGAACACGCCACAGCACAUUGGUGUUGUCUACAUUACGUGAGUCAGUUGAGUUUAUUCUAUACUUAAUCCUCAAGAUUUUACUUGCUCCAAAGGCUUUUAACUAAGGCUAUGAAUUCUAUCACUUAAUCUGACAGUGUUUGAAGCCAAAAAAAAUAGAUCGCCGAUUUAAUUUGUUUUCCGCUUAAUAGUAGUAGACAACACGAUGCCAUUUUCAAAAAUUGACACGCGAAGCUUACAUCAGUUUUUAAUCGCUUAUUCUUUUGAAUUUUUGCAAUUUUUGCCCACAAUUGACCGACUGUUCGUUAGAUACGGAAAGAAUAAUCUGCAGGGAACAGUCACAAUUCUUUUGUAAGUGGACGUGAUCAAUUCUCAGGCGUAUUUUAAUUUCUGAUUUCAGCAUGCAUUCUCUAAUAACGGCACCAGGCCCGAUUCAAUAAUUACCGAAAAAAAACAAAGCAAAAAAAAAUAACAAAGAAAAAAAAGGAGAAAAAACAAGAACAGACAAUUUAACCAAAUUAUUAAUUAGCUCUGUUCAAUCAUCAGAGACCGCGAUGAAGGGUUAAAAGCCAUGAUAUUCUUCCCAGUUGGCCGUUUCUUGAUAUUUUUGAAACAACUAAAAAACACUUAGCUUACUUAUUCCUCGCGGGUUUACGUACGUGACCAUUUUAAUAAUUUAUUCCAUCGCUUCCAAUAAAUAAGAGAAACACCGAUACAAAAGCCACAGUGAUGCUCCUGAGAGUAUUUCAGAAUCAUUUCUCUAAAAGGUAUCAACAUCCAGUGUUUGUGCGUAGCUCAAGUUCCUUUUCUUCUCUGAGAGGCAAAGAACAGAGCCAUUCAUCAGUAUUUCUCUUUACCCAGUUUAAACGGAUGCGUAAAGAAGGCGGGUUUCCAUCACUCGUAGUGUAAAGACAGCAAAUGUUGCCAAAACUGUACUUCUCGCUUUUCGUCGCGGCGGUUUCUGUGUUAGUUCAUUCCAGAGAAGAAGAAUCGCCGACAAGAUCUUCCAAAUACUGGAGUGGUAUGAAUGCAUCGCAUGUGCUACGCAUGCUUCUGGACGAGAAGCACUACGACAAGCGAUUCAGACCUAACUUUGAAGGUGAACCUGUAAAAGUGCUAGUAUCUAUUUUUAUCACGUCAUUAGGUGGACUCGAUGAAAGGGAAAUGCAAUUUGAAAGUACGUUCUUCAUGCGGCAAUCGUGGUACGACUCGCGGCUUAAGUUUGGAGAAUACUAUGACAAGAGAAACCUGACGCUAAAUGGAGACAUCAUACAACAAAUCUGGAUUCCCGAUACAUACGUGAACAACGAAAAGUCCAGCUCCGCACCCAAGACAGAAUUUCUUCUGAAAGUAUAUCCAGAUGGAAAGGUUGACUACAGUCAAAGAAUGACUGUGAUAGCGGCGUGCAAGAUGGAUCUUCGAAAUUAUCCCAUGGAUAAACAAAACUGCAGCCUGCUGUUUGAAAGUUAUGGCAUGACCACUGACGACUUGUACUAUAAGUGGGACGCUAAGGAGGGCAGAGAUAAUCUUGAGAGUGCCGUGGCCAUAGGAGAUGAACUGAUUAUGUCACAGUUUGCGGUUGACGGGACUUCAGUGGAUGAAAUAACAGCUUCAUAUGUAACAGGUACAGGUACUUUCUCCAUGCUGCAGUUAACCUUCUAUAUCAGACGAAAAAAGUUCUACUACGUCGUUUCGAUUUACAUUCCUACAAUCCUCAUCACCAUUCUGAGUUGGGUCUCGUUUUGGAUUCCACGAAACUCGCCGCCAGCUCGGGUCGCCCUCGGCAUCACGACAGUUCUCGCGCUGACGACUUUGAUCUUCGGAAUUCAAGCGUCGAUGCCGAAGGUCAGCUAUGUGAAAGCGAUUGACUGGUUCCUUUGUGUUUCCUUUCUGUACGUAUUCGCUGCUUUGGUAGAGUAUCCGAGUUCAACUUUUGUGAAGUCACAAGCGAAGAAGUUGACCCGAAAGGGAACGAACAUUCUACGAAAGGUCAAAGGACUGAAGGAUGAUCCAGAAGAUUUAUCGCUUUCAAGAACCAGAUAUGGCAGCACAGACAAGGAGGAAUCUGAUCUACGGAAACUAGCUAGGAGCAAAACUGGAGAAAUGAACAGCAGUUACGAACAUUCACUGAUUGAAAGUAACAUGGAUGGCGGGAGUUGUCUCCAUGCCUCGCACGGGCGGCGAAGACGACUGUCUACUGAUGACCCAGAGGACGAUUAUGAAAACAAUUUUAGAGACGAAGGAAGCGUUAAUACUGUAGAUAAAUAUGCAAGGAUUUGUUUUCCUGUUUCUUAUUUACUAUUUAACAUCUGCUAUUGGAUUAUCUUUUUAUCAUCAUGAUAAGGUAAAUUUAAUGAUUAAACUGUAAGAUAAGAGCAAGAUCAAAAUUAGCAAAACUAAAUUGGAAUGAACGCCUAUUUUUGUGUCCAAUGACAUUACCGUAGACACGCACACGAGGCAAAGUACGAUUCUUUUACUGCCACGCGUCGCAUUCGCGUUUUUUUUUUACACUUGUAUGUUCGGGGUGCAAUUGUAAAUAAACCUUGCGCUGUCUUUAUGAACUAAUUUUAUAUAAUAAAAACGACUUUGACUCGGAGCGAACCCGGCUAACAAUGAGCCAAAUGCUUAUCAUAAUAAUGCCUCUUAACGAGUUAACGUUGUAUUUGAUUUCAUAAGUUGAAAUGAACGAAUCUUAUGUGUCAUGGCUUUGUUGGGCGCCCAUCUCUGUGAGUAAAACCUCGUAGUUGUGGUAAACAUAACAAUACUUGUGUUGUGAUGCUCUAGAGAAUCUGGAUGGUAUAACUUUUUUCGAAAGAUUCAACAUCUAAAAUCAUACCGUAGAAUUCCGAAAGUAACGCCUCCUCCCCAUCCCCGCCGAAAAUAACAGCUCCCCGAAAGUAACGUGAGAGUAAAGUAAGAGAAACUUUCUGUUCUCAAGCGCAAUGCGGAUGAAACAGCUUGACUGCAGGAGUGAACAACUUGAAGAGUUAUUUGGAAUUUUAUUUCGAACUAAACUGAAUGUUAUGAUAUACUGCAGUGUAUCGACGGGUAAUAAGUUGCAUUGCGAUAUAAUACAACCAUUAUAUUUUCGCCCUACAACACCAUGAUUAGGGCCCUUUUUGUUUAUACAGUCUGUUUCGUUUAUGUGGGUAGUUUGGAAUAUACAAAAAACGCAACUUUUAAUUCCAUGUGUUACGUGUCCGCUUUUUAAUGGGAAAAGUAACGGCUACCCGUAAGUAGCAACCCCUUUCGCCUGCUAAUUCCAAAAGUAACGGGGGCCGUUACUUUCGGAAUUCUACGAUAAUUGUUUUUAUUUAUAUAAUUUACAUAGAUCACAUUUCCCGGAGUAUGAAAGCUUUGUGCUGCGCUUCACUAAUUAGUUUAGUUAUCUACGGCUGCCAUAUUCUAUUUUAGAUCAAAGCGAACAAAAGAAAACAGUUUUCUAUAACGCAGGACCACUACUUUGCCAGUAAAGGUAAGGUAAAGUCUGAAUACGAGCUAAGUGGACCAUCAGGCCGGCGCUUA